AUGGAGGCCAGUGGGUCAAUUUUCAACGAUGACAAUCAUAGAGAUAUGGCAUUCAGUAGUCACUUACAAAGUGUAGUUCCAUUGAGAAAAAUGUCCCUGAAUACUAUUCGGAAAUAUUCAAAAACAACAGAUUUUGUGGAAUUGUUGAACAAAACUGUAAAUGAAAUCUUUGCACAAAUGUUGGCCAAAGAGGGAAUCAAUCGACCGUUUAAACCGCAAUCUUAUUGUCACGAAUUGGUUAUGAAUGAAAUGUACACAAACUUUGGUUAUCCCAGCCAUUACUUCGGACAUGAUAUGAGAAAUUUAGACGGCAUUUACGCGUUUAUACCCAUUGCACGAUAUUUUAUGGCCAAUCCUUUCCAAAAAUUACAGCAAACAUAUAAUAAAUGUUUUAAAUACACAAUAAAUGAAUUACAAUUACGCGAAAAUUACGACGAGAGUAAUGGCCGAGACUUUUGCAGUCAGUUUAUUGACGCCAAACGCCGGGCAGAGGCGGAGGAAAAGCCAUACUUUCAAUGUUUGAAUGAUAAUAAUAUUGUGGCAGUAGUUAUGGACAUCGAUUGGCAGCAAAUUAUGCGAAAUGAAGUGAACGAUAGUCUGGGCGAUAGGGCACCGGUUGUAACCGAUAAACACCAUUUGCAUAAUGUUAUGGCAUUCAUAUACGAAACCAUUCGUUGUCGAAACGCAGGACCUGUUGGGUCACCGCAUAUGACUUUAUCCGAUACCAUAUUAGGCGGCAAAUACCGAGUUCCCGGCCAAACAAUACUCAUCCAUCAUUCGUGGCAUAUAUUGACUAACGAUAAAUAUUUUCCAUACGCUGACCAAUUUAAACCUGAGCGUUUUAUUGAUAAACAUGGUCAGUUUAAUUCCACUGGCUUAUCAACAUAUCUACCGUUUGGCACGGGUAGGCGUGUGUGUAUCGGAGAAUCAAUGGCUAUAAAUAGUUUAUUUCUAAUCAUGGUAAACAUUUUACAAUAUACAAACGACCACCCGAUAAAACUAGUGGACCGAUAUAAUGAUGCCGAUAGUCUGCAGCCCGUCCGGGACGGCAUGGCAUUGCUUUUAAAGAAUAUCGAUUUUGAAAUUUUAAAUAGAUUGUUCAUAUUGUUAUUUGGGAAUAACUUUGUCCCGACGGAGAACACUGUGUGUGAUAUAGAGUUUCUGUUUCAAACACAAACAAAAUACUCACACGUAGUACCUGUUAAACAGGUCAAUGUUUGGGUGUAG